UUGGAUGCCACCAUGGAUCCUCGACUGCUGUUAGUCAGUGUUCCAUUGGUCCCUGCAUCAUGCACUAACUCUUUCCCUAGUUUCUCUGCCCAGACCUUAGAAACCCAGGGAAAUAACAGUCCUGGAAGAGAAAGGGGUCUGUGGAAACAGACCAAGAAUUAGAGCCCAGGAGUGUAACAAGAUAAGCAACACAUCUCCACCUGCCUCUGACUCACCUGGUGCCCCAGGUAAAAGUCACCCAGAUAAAAGGUAGGGAGGAGGAGAGAGAAGGAAAUGCCCAGGCUGAGCAGCAUGAAGGGGCCGUCAACCACCUGCAGCCUCCUGGUGCUAGUGUUGCUCCUGAGCCCAGACCCUGGAGCAGCACUGCUAUUACCACCCAGCACUACCUGCUGUACUCAGCUCUACCAAAAGCCACUCACCAACAAGCUGCUGAGGAAGGUCAUCCGGGUGGAACUGCAGGAGGCCAAUGGGGACUGUUACCUCCAGGCUUUCGUGCUUCACCUGGCCAAACGCAGUGUCUGCAUUCACCCCCAGAACCGCAGCCUGGCUCGGUGGUUUGAGCACCAAGGGAGAAGGCUCCAGGGGACUCUGCCCAACCUGAAUUUGGGGCUGCUAGGGAAAAUGGACUGGAGCCCCCAACAGCCAAAAUAAUAAAGCAGCAUGGAUAAUAGUCUCUGA